AUGGCGCCCAAUUCCAAGGCAACGAUCAAGAAGGGAAAGAGGGCGAAAAAAGACCCUAACGCUCCCAAGCGCGCUUUGUCGUCUUACAUGUUCUUUGCGAAGGAGAAACGCGCCGAAAUCAUCUCGAAAAACCCCGCGAUGGCCAAGGACGUUGCCGCAGUUGGAAAGCUCAUCGGAUCUGCAUGGAACGCGCUCGGCGAGGCCGACAAGGCGCCUUACGAGAAGCUGGCUGCAGAAGACCGCGCCAGAUACGACAGGGAGAAGACUGAGUACGCCAAGAAGAAUUGA